AUGUUACUUUUCAUUGUAUUUGCCGCAAUUAUCGUUGUUGUGAAAAGUCGAAUGACGGAAGAGCAACGUGAAAUUAUCCUUCGCUGCCAUAAUGAUGCGCGCUCGAGAGCGAUUCGUGGUGAGCUUAAAAACAAAGAUGGCAUAUUUAUGCCACAUGGAAGGAAUAUGCUCGAAAUGACGUGGAAUUAUGAGCUCGAAGAUUCCGCGCAAAAAACGGCAGAACUCAUUGAGUUCUCACCAAAAGAUAUUAUUGAAAAAAUCGGUGAAAAUGUCCAUUUUCAUUCAAUGAUAGAAGGCGUUACAAUUGAAGAUAUGACAAGUAUUAUUAGUAGGGCUGCAUGCGAAUCUUGGGAAGCAGAACAUCGGGAAUUGCACCAGGAUAAUUCAAGUAAUAGAUUUAAUCCUCUCAAUAAUUCUGCUUCUCAUUUCACACAGAUGAUUUGGGGUGAAACGCAUGAAAUUGGCUGCGGUAUGGCUCAAUAUAAACUCAAACUUGACUUUAUGCAGUUUGUUUGUCACUAUUGGCCACGUGGAAAUAUACCAAAUGAAUUGAUAUAUGAACUUGGCGAACCAUGUAAAGACGAUAAUGAUUGUAAUGCUGACAUUUGUUUAAAAGAAUCUGGAUUAUGUAGAAAAAAUAGACGAAGGGGCAUUAGUG